AUGGCUCAAAAUCAUUUCCAAUUAGGAGGAGAACGUGCUGUUGUAGAAAAACCAACUCAGAAAAGCGGAAUGUAUGAAGUCAAUGGCAUAGACCGUGUCAAUGCUAAAGUGGAUGCGCUUACUCAAAAGAUUGAAAGCUUGACCAUAACACCAGUAGCUACCAUAGCUGCCGUAACACCAAACUGUAAAUUAUGUGGAACCCCUGGGCACACUAAUGCUGAUUGUCAGUUAUUGGUUGGUUUUCCCACCGACCAAAUUCGUAAAUCAAAUUUUUUAGUUUAUAUUUUCCUAAAUAGAACAAUAUCACAAAAACACAAGAAUGCUACAUUGAAUUAA